CUAAACGUUGAGCAAAGUGCCUACGCCAUUUUUCACUCAAACUGCUUCCUUUCUUCAACCUUUCUUUAUUUUUAAAAAAGGGUGCCGAGUGAUCAUCCACAGGUAUUCCAAUUCUACAUUUAGUCGUCAUGGCUAAUGAGAUGAGCUUUGAAUAUGGAGAGUUGGAGGAUUGGCGAGGGGAAAAGGCAGAUCCUAGAAAACAUGGUGGCGUUAGAGCUUCAAGUAUUGUUUGUGUUGUUGAGGUAUUAGAGAACAUGGUCUUCUUAUCCAACGCCACAAACUUUGUUGCCUACUUUUUGAAGUCAAUGCAUUACCCGGCUGCUGAAUCUGCAAAUAUGGUUACUAAUUUCAUGGGAACCUCCUUUCUGCUCACCCUUUUGGGGGGCUUCAUCAGUGAUUCUUUCUUCACAAGAUUCAAGACAUUCAUCAUCUUUUGCACUCUGGAGUUGCUGGGACUCAUCCUGCUGACAGUUCAAGCUCAAGACAGUCAGUUGCAGCCAGCCAUAAAUAGCAAGCCUUCCAAGUCCCAGGAGGCUAUCCUUUAUACAGGGCUUUAUGCCAUGGCAGCAGGUGCUAGUGGCGUUAAGGCUGCCUUGCCUGCUCAUGGUGCUGAUCAGCUAGACCACAGCAAACAGCGUCUAAUCUCUGCCUUCUUCAAUUGGUACUUCUUUUCACUAUGUUUCGGUGGUCUCAUUGCGUCUACUGUUAUGAUUUGGAUUGAAGAAAACUUAGGCUGGAAUUGGAGUUUUAAGAUUUCAGUGGUAGCGUUAAGUGUAGCACUCUUCAUUUUCUCAAUGGGGUUUCCAAUUUAUAGAUACAAACGUCCUGGCGGAAGUCCACUGACAAGAAUAUACAAGGUGCUUGCUUCUGCCAUUCGAAACAGGAAAGCCUCACUAUCAGAGGCAGAGAAUCGGAUUGAAAUUUUUGGAGAAAAGAGAAAUCAUGAUAAGUUCAGGUCUCUAAAUAAAGCAUUAAUUGGUGACUCCAAUGUUACUGCAACUGAGGUCGAGGAAACAAAGACCUUCCUGGGCCUCCUCCCCAUCUUUGCUAGCACGAUUAUGAUGAACUGUUGCCUAGCCCAACUGAUGACAUUCUCAGUGGAACAAGGGAACAUCAUGAAUAGAUCGCUUAACAAUUUCAAGAUCCCUACUCAGUCACUUUCAGUGUUCCCCUUAAUGGUCAUGCUGGCUUUUAUACCCUUGUACGAAUAUUCAGUACGCUUAUUCAGAAUAAAAAAUAACCUUCCUGGAAGGCUUAACAUGUUCCAACCACUCAGAAGGAUCGGAUUGGGGCUGGCUCUGGCAUCAGGUUCCAUGGCUGUGGCCGCUAUAGUUGAGGCUAAAAGGCGUGUCGAGGCAAAUAAUAACGUAACAUUAUCUGUUUUCUGGCUGGGCUGGCAAUACUUGCUGCUCGGCCUAUCGGACAUCUUAACUCUAGGUGGAAUGCUUGAAUUUUUCUACUCAGAGGCUCCAGAUAAAAUGAGAAGCAUGAGCACUGCACUCUCUUGGUGUUCAACAUCCAUGGGAUACUUCAUUAGCUCAGUGUUGGUAACAGUAAGCAACUCAGUCAGUGGACAUUUUGGCAAAGUAUGGAUUGGAGGAAAUGAUCUGAACCACGCCCGUUUGGAUCUAUUUUACACGCUCCUUUGCAUUCUCAACUUGCUCAAUUUGUUGAAUUACAUAUUCUGGGCUAGAAGGUACUAGAUAUGUAUUUGAGAAACUGGAAUGUGGCUCUUCUUGGCCCCAUGGUUGUUGAGGGAAGUUAAAGAAUGAAAAAGACUUUGAUUUGGGAGCUGAUCCGGCCUCUGUCAAGAAAAAAUCUUGAACGUGUUUUGGAUUCAAAAAAUUGAUGAUCAUCUUAUU